AGACGAGCGACAGAAAGACGAGAGGCAGACGGACGAGGAGACGAGGAGACGAGGAGACGAGGAGAGGACAGGAAAGGUCUGCUCUUCUCUCUCCAUCUCUACACCACUCAGCUCUUCUCCUCCUCCUCCUCCUCCUCCUCUCUCCCUCCUCCCAUCUAACACGGGGUUCCCCUAACUUUGAGGCUUUUCCCUCCUCCCCCUCCUCCUCCUUCUUGUUGCGCACUCUGCGUUCGCUCCGGCGCUCCGGCGCUCAGUUCUCCUCCGACUUCAUGGACUGGUAGCAGGAGUCUGGAGAUCCGGGACCAGCGGAGAUGAGGGGGUUGGAGGAGGCGUACGCCCGUCAGCGAGGAGGAGCUUUAAUGGUGUUUUCAUGUCUGAGGAGAGAGAGCGAGCACAGAUGGAGCGGAGGAGGAGCGCUCUGAGCGCCGCAGAGCUCCACCAGGACACCUGCUGCUGCUGAAGGACCAGGAGAGACCAGGAGAGUCUGAACCUCUGCAGACAUGUGACACUUCUGUGGGUCUUCUGAAGGAGCUCCAUCACUGAGGGGUCCAAGACAGUCUGGGAGAGACCCCCACCUUCUUCUUCUUCUUCUUCAUGAGUGACUUUAGGAUGGCUCCUCCUCUUCUUCUUCUUCUUCUUCUUCUGCUCCCAGACCUUCUCGAGGCGCAGCUGACCCCCAACUCCACGUCUGGAGUCACGGAGGAGACCAACAACAGGACCACCGAGUCUCCAACAGACACCACAGGAUCCUUGGACCCGCCUGGAAGCCCCUCCAGCUCCCUCAGCCCCCCACAGAUGUCCUCAGAACCCCCCACAGAUCUGGAGGAGGACUGGUCUCCAGCAGAGACCUUCCUGUACACAGGAGACCUCCUCACCCUGGUCGGGGGGCGAUGUUCACGGCCGUACAGCCCCCCAGGACAGACGGGGUCUCUGCCCGCCAGCUUCAGCGCCCCCCUCAGACCGGCUCUGGACGCGCUCGCCAACACGGCCAACUUCCUGAACCUGAUCUUCCAGGCCAGCGACCUUCGGGAGAGCACGGUCCAGGAGGACCUGGAGUGGUACCACGCUCUGGUCCGCGCCCUCCUGGAGGCCGACCUUCUGAUCCAGCGGGCCCUGCUCACCUUUGACGCCGACCCGACAGCCCCGGUUCCGCAGCUGGUCCUCCGGGCCUCCAGAGACCCUGUAGCCAAGAUCCAGACCAGCAUCCUCCAGGAUUUAUCCAAGUCCUGGGAGCUCCUGCACCCCCCUGCCCCCGCCCCCGACGACAGCUGGUUCAGGAGCUUCAAGUUCCCCGAGUCCAGACAGACACCGCCGGUUCUGUCAAAGCGGGUCCUCCUCAAUGACCUCGACACCCUGGAGACCCCCAAGUGGAGGCGGGGCGACAGUUAUGUGACCAACCGCAGUGGGGUCCGGUGGUCCGGCGCCCCCUUCCUGGACUGUAGGGACGGGCGCUUUGUGCCGGGAUGGAUGCUGACCCUGUCCACGUCCUUCUACGGCCUCAAACCGGACCUGACCCCGGAGUUCAGGUGAGAAAACCAGACCAGAACCAGACAGGUCCAUGAGUCUGACAAAGAGAGUCAGAGAGUCUGGACUGAGCUGUCCUCAUGAAUCCUCUUAAAUCAGUCGUAGUGUUUCUAACGACCUUCAGGUGACCCUCAGGUGACCCUCAGGUGACCCUCAGGUGACCCUCAUGGUCUCAUAGCUGCUAAAGGUCAAACCUCAUUAACACUGAAGUCCUCCUCAGACCUCCUACCUGGACAGACGGGGACAGAUGAACCCUGGUCCUCUAGAGGACUUCAUUCUGUUUUUUUUCUAAACUGAAGCAGAAACACCUGAAAUGAUGCUGACUCAGCAGAAUCUCAGUCUGACUGUGAGUAAAUCUCCAUAACCGAAACCGUCAGUGAGGUCAGUGAGGUCAGAGAGGUCAGUGAGGUCAGAGAGGUCAGAGAGGUCAGAGAGGUCAGUGAGGUCAGUGAGGUCAGAGAGGUCAGAGGUCAGAGGACAGGAGGAACGUUUGAAAACAGUCAGCAGCAGUUUUCACCUGUUUCUGUUUGAAGUGGACAGGGUUCGAUCAGAGCUGACAGUGUGUGUGUGUGUGUGUGUGUGUGUGUGUGUGUGUGUGUGUGUGUGUGUGUGUUUUCCUCUGUCAGGGGUGUGAUCCGUGUGGACGUCAAAAUUCAGGACAUCGACUUGAACCAGUGUGCCACUGGAGACGGAUGGUUUGCAGACACUCACCAGUGUAACCGAACCAACAUGGAGGUAAAUGAGGUUUUGAUGGUCCAGAUGAGACCUGAGAACAGGACUCUGCUGGACCUGCGGGUCACUUCUCAGAACAGAGUCUAGAAAAAUGUCAAUGAUGAUGAAACACGACAGAUUUAACCGCUUAGACGGCGACAAAAACGAGUGUACGCGCUCUGAGCACGCUCCGGUAUUUGAACACCGGCGUCCGCUCUUUCUGACUGUAAACAAAGCCGUUCUCCACCUCCUCUAACCUGAUUGGUUGUGAGGCAGACGCUGCUCCCCCGUGUCGUUCAGGAGCCCAAACAAAGUUAGCGUGCUACAAUAUCGGACAGUAGAAACCAACCAGAAAGUUCGGAAAAUUGUCUGAAUCCUCCUUUGGCCACGACUGCCGACACAAGCAAGAAAACACUCAAACAUAAACAGUCUGCAAGAAAACAGUCAACAAGAAAACAGUCAGCAAGAAAACAGUCAACACCAAAACAGUCAACAAAAAACAGUCAACAAGAAAACAGUCAACAAAAAACAGUCAACAAGAAAACAGUCAGCAAGAAAACAGUCAGCAAGAAAACAGUCAACAAGAAAACAGUCAAACAUAAACAGUCAGAAAGAAAACAGUCAACACCAAACAGGUCAACAGGUCAACAAGAAAACAGUCGACCAUAAUCAGUCAACAAGAAAACAGUCAACCAUAAACAGUCAACACCAAAACAGUCAACAAGAAAACAGUCAACAAGAAAACAGUCAACAAGAUAACAGUCAAAACCAAACCGGUCAAAAAGGAAACAGUCAACAAGAAAACAGUCAACCAUAAUCAGUCAACAAGAAAACAGUCAACCAUAAACAGUCAACACCAAAACAGUCAACAAGAAAACAGUCAACAAGAAAACAGUCAACAAGAUAACAGUCAACAAGAAAACAGUCAACAAGAUAACAGUCAACAAGAAAACAGUCAACAAGAAAACAGUCAACAAGAAAACGUCAACUAUAAUCAGUCAACAAGAAAACAGUCAACCACAAACAGUCAACACCAAAACAGUCAACAAGAAAACAGUCAGCAAGAAAACAGUCAGCAAGAAAACAGUCAACACCAAACCGGUCAAAAAGAAAACAAUCAACAAGAAAACAGUCAACCACAAACAGUCAACACCAAAACAGUCAACAAGAAAACAGUCAACCAUAAACAGUCAGCAAGAUAACAGUCAACAAGAAAACAGUCAGCAAGAAAACAGUCAACAAGAUAACAGUCAACAAGAAAACAGUCAACAAGAAAACAGUCAGCAAGAUAACAGUCAACAAGAAAACAGUCAACAAGAAAACAGUCAACAAGAAAACAGUCAACAAGAUAACAGUCAACAAGAUAACAGUCAACAAGAAAACAGUCAGCAAGAUAACAGUCAACAAGAAAACAGUCAACAAGAAAACAGUCAACAAGAAAACAGUCAACAAGAUAACAGUCAACAAGAAAACGUCAACUAUAAUCAGUCAACAAGAAAACAGUCAACAAGAUAACAGUCAAAACCAAACCGGUCAAAAAGGAAACAGUCAACAAGAAAACAGUCAACCAUAAUCAGUCAACAAGAAAACAGUCAACCAUAAACAGUCAACACCAAAACAGUCAACAAGAAAACAGUCAACAAGAAAACAGUCAACAAGAAAACAGUCAACAAGAUAACAGUCAACAAGAAAACAGUCAACAAGAAAACAGUCAACAAGAUAACAGUCAACAAGAAAACGUCAACUAUAAUCAGUCAACAAGAAAACAGUCAACCACAAACAGUCAACACCAAAACAGUCAACAAGAAAACAGUCAGCAAGAAAACAGUCAGCAAGAAAACAGUCAACACCAAACCGGUCAAAAAGAAAACAAUCAACAAGAAAACAGUCAACCACAAACAGUCAACACCAAAACAGUCAACAAGAAAACAGUCAACCAUAAACAGUCAGCAAGAUAACAGUCAACAAGAAAACAGUCAGCAAGAAAACAGUCAACAAGAUAACAGUCAACAAGAAAACAGUCAACAAGAAAACAGUCAGCAAGAUAACAGUCAACAAGAAAACAGUCAACAAGAAAACAGUCAACAAGAAAACAGUCAACAAGAUAACAGUCAACAAGAAAACAGUCAACAAGAAAACAGUCAGCAAGAUAACAGUCAACAAGAAAACAGUCAACAAGAAAACAGUCAGCAAGAAAACAGUCAGCAAGAAAACAGUCAACACCAAACCGGUCAAAAAGAAAACAAUCAACAAGAUAACAGUCAACAAGAAAACAGUCAACACCAAACCGGUCAAAAAGAAAACAAUCAACAAGAAAACAGUCAACCAUAAACAGUCAACACCAAAACAGUCAACAAGAAAACAGUCAACAAGAUAACAGUCAACAAGAAAACAGUCAACAAGAAAACAGUCAGCAAGAAAACAGUCAACAAGAAAACAGUCAACCAUAAACAGUCAACACCAAAACAGUCAACAAGAAACAGUCAGCAAGAAAACAGUCAGCAAGAAAACAGUCCACACCAAAACAGGCAACAAGAAAACAGUCAACAAGAAAACGCUGCUCCCCCGUGUCGUUCAGGAGCCCAAACAAAGUUAGCGUGCUACAAUAUCGGAAAGUAGAAACCAACCAGAAAGUUCGGAAAAUUGUCUGAAUCCUCCUUUGGCCACGACUGCCGACACAAGCAAGAAAACAAAGUAAAUACCGGAGACCUUGGAGGAAUAACGGGCGCUUAAAACGGAGGUAGACCGGACAAGAGCUAAAAAGCCGGGUCAACAUAAACCAUGGGGGACGCUUGGGGAUCUUGGUGACCCUGUAACCUUUCUGCUGGACAGGUAAACCGCUUUAACAAAGUAAGACAAGUGUCUGUAACAGAAGUGUUUCUUGUCAAACGGACCUGCUGUAGCGUGUUGUAGCGCCAUCGCUAAACUGUCCUCCCUCGGGUCCUGGACUAUGUCACUUUAUCCUGCAAACAUCAAGCAGGAAGUUAAACGGCAUGGAUGCGUUAAAAGCUGGAUAGUAAACAAAACCUCGUCAAACCACGAAAGGACGUGAAAAGGCGAAACUUUCCAAUCAUACAAACAAACAAUUUCACCGAACUCCAAAGAUGUCGACCAGGAGGUGAUCGCCACGAUUCGAGCUAAAGGGGGCGUGUCUCCAGCUGCUGUGGUCUGAAGCUCGUUAAAUAAUUAACCAGACUGCAGCAUCAGCAGGUUGAGCUUUCACUCUGUCAUUGUUUCGACUCUGACCCAGUUCAAGGACAGAAUCCAGUUCGACCAGCUCCAGAACCAGUCAGCUGGACUCUUUAACGUGAGGAGGAUUCAGGUUUGACUGAAACCACGAGUUUCAUUUAUUUUGAAAAACUAUGACAUAUACUGUAACUCGCCAGAAGGGGGAGCUCUAAACGUUUUGGCUUCACUUUUGGGAAACUGCUUUUAAAGGGAAAUCUUCUCAAACUUCUCCUCUUUACUGACACUGACUGUAAAUAAACAGGAAGUAAACGCGGCGCUCACCAGCUCCUUCAAAAUAAAAGCAGCAGUUCAGUUUUUUUCUCGAACAUGUCAGCUGACUUCUCCGUGAGUUUAGAUGUGAGGAGAGUUAAGUGGUGGCUCUGUGUAAUCCAUAUCACACUAAUGUUCAGCCUGUGUGUGUGUGUGUGUGUGUGUGUGUGUGUGUGUGUCUUUGCAGCAGGAUAAUAAUGUCCUCGUCGAGGCAUUAUGUGUCCAUUUAGCUUUUAACUUAGAUUAACACACAGACCGACAAAGUGUUUGUGUGUGUGUGUGUGUGUUUGUGUAUGUGUGUGUUUGUGUGUGUGAGUGUGUGUGAGUGUGUGUGAUGGGCUGAACUGAAGCUCGUAUCAGAGACAGAGGUUAAUAUUUGAACCUCAUCCUGUAAAAAAAACCUUUGCACACAUCACUCCUGGAGGCCCCGCCCACCAUCUCUCUGUCACUUUGUAGUUUGUGAACGUUUUAAACUGAGGGGCGGGGCUACAGACACUAACUGUGUCAGAUAGUGUGAUAUGAACUCCUCUGUGUGCUCGACCACAAGAGUCCAGAUGACUGAGAAACCGUCUGCAGACCCAGAAUUCAGCACUUUAACAUUUGUGAGAAACCUGGAUGAAGAAGCUGCAGAUGUUCUGACGGCGCUGAAGUCCAAAACCAGAAGAGCGUCAGUGUUGACAGUGAAAUGUGAGCAGAGCCUCUCAGACUAAUGCUGCUCUUUAAACCAUCUGUCCUCCAGCUCUAAUCCUCCGUCUCUGUCCACCAUCACUUUCAUUUAUCGACUUUUUUAUUCCUCUUUUAUUUCCUGAUGAGCCGUCAUCUUCAGACUCUGCUUUAGCGCUUUAACUCGGGUCAUUUUGGACUCUUCCUGGGUUCUUUCUCCUCCUCUGCUGUAGAAUAAGGUCUGUUUGUACAGUUUGGUCCGACUCUGUCAGGUUUAGUGAAAUCUACUCAUGAAAUGAUCUAGAAGACUUGUUUUCUCUGUGUUUCAGUGUGUACCGAUUCCAGGCCGAGGUUUCCGUCUGGGUCAGUACUGCUGCAGAUGUAGAGAGGGUUACUACAACCCUGAGACCCUCAUCCAAGACCUGGGUAAGUCUGUUUUCAACCUCGAACGGGCAAAACCCACAGGAUCCAGAACGGCUCCGCUCCGGCACGGCCGGCGUCCGGCUCCACUGCGGAUCUGCUCCGGUGGUCGGAUCAGAAACACAAGGCUUCUAUUUUUGCUGGACGCCGCAGCACGGCGCAUCGAUUCAGUGCAGCGCAGCAGAGGAAGUUUUAUGCAGUUACAAAGUAAAACAUCUGAUAAAUUUUCAAAAUAAAACAAAGUCAACACGUUGAACUGCUCUUGACUUGAUAACAGGAGAGGUCAGGGUUGUGGGAUGUGGGUGUUUAUUUACGCCGAUUGGCGGAUCUCAUUCUAUGACUCCCGGGGAAACACGUGAGAUCUCGUGAGAUCUCGUCUAGUCUCACGAGAAAUAUCGGUAAUCUUGGGAGCGCUUCUCCUUCAAUGGCGGCGGAUUGGAUCCGGUGGAGCUCUGUAUGCUUGCAGAUCUGAUCCGCCUGCCGGUCUGGAGCGGAGCCGUUCUGGAUCCUGUGGGUUUAGCCAGUGAGGUCUAAUUUGUAAUGAGGGGUCUGAAGUCUGUUUCAGUCACGAGGUGGUCUUCUUUAACUCUUUUUUAACUCUUCUUUAACUCUUACUGAACUCUUCUUUAACUCUUCUUUAACUCUUACUGAACUCUUCUUUAACUCUUCUUUAACUCUUACUGAACUCUUCUUUAACUCUUACUGAACUCUUCUUUAACUCUUCUUUAACUCUUACUGAACUCUUCUUUAACUCUUCUUUAACUCUUCUUUAACUCUUACUGAACUCUUCUUUAACUCUUCUUUCACUCUUCUGUAGCAAUCAAGACAACCCUGGAUGUGAAACCCACACAUUCCUUACAGGAAAGUUUCCUUAUCUGGUCCCAGGAAACAGGAUAUAAAUCUUUCCAGACGUGUUUGCACUUUCAGGUUAAAUAAGUGACCCAACCGGAGGUUGACUAAACCUCUGACUCUUCAGGAUUGGUCAGUUCGGCGAACAGAGACAGAGUUUUUAUUACCUUUCAAACUGACUCCAUUACUGACCAUCUAAAUAAACAUUAACGUCUCAACCCAGAUCUCCCAUUUGAGAUUUAGCGUCUUAAAGUGUGUGAACAUACGGACUCCAGGAUAAGGGGGGACACUGACCUCCAGACCUCGGUCGUAAAACCCUGCUCGACCAUACACUGAUAAAGACUGCAUUCCUUUGGUGAAAGAAUACAAAUGACUGAUCAUGACAUCUUACGCAUUCAGCAAUGUACUAAUCUGUCUAAUCAUGAAAUUUGUGUUAAAAUGAGAUGUUUCCCGUUUUUCUAUGUGCUUCAGAAGCCAAGUUAUCUUAUCUGACAGAAUAAAUCCUUAUUCUUUAGUUCUUUAGACCAACAGCUUUUCAGACUGUUUCAUGAACUUUUAAGAGUUAAAUUUAUUGACUAUGAAUCCUAAGUUUACUCUAAGUAACAGAAAUAGUUUAGAAAUGUUUGGUUUAUAUUUUAGUUAUUUAUUUAGUAUCUUAACCAUUAGGUGGUUAUAAUGUCACUGAAUAAUCUGAAUGUGAGUAUUUAGAAUCCAUUAUUAAUCAUGAUGACGUUCAUUCACAUGUGUUUACUCUUUUGUUGUUCACAGUUUCCAUGUGUUACUAUCUGUUUCAUUUCAGAGUAAUUUAGCAUGUUCAAUGUGAUACUUAAAACAUAAUGAGAAUGUUUGAUGUGAUCCUACACUUCAUUCAUAUGUGUUUAGUAUCAAAUUAUUUAUCAUGAAACCAAGCAUUCAAUGAUAUUAAUCAUAGUGAGUGAGUAUCAGAUCUGACUCUUUUACCAGCCAAAAGAAUAAGUUAGAUCAAAUAAUCAGAGACCCGAUGACCCCUCCUCUUUCUCCUCAGACACUCCCAGUGUGAGAAGAUAAAACCAGUGGAGUGGGGUUGCUCGCUCUCUUAUCUCUCUUAUGCUUCUGCUCUUCUGCUGACUCUCUUGUCCCCGGCUCUUAUGCCCCUUCUCUUCUGUCCACACCCUUCUGUGGUGCGUUUCUUUGUUUUCUCUUAGAACUUUUUCUUAGUCUUCUAAGUUUUACGCCACGUGUUGAUUCACGUUGAUUUUUCUUUAACAUCGUCUUAGUUCAAGUUUUGAAACUUCAACUUUUUGUGCACAUAGCAAUUCAAGAUUAAGCCUUUGAUUGAUUUUCUUUAAUUUCGCGAAGCCAUUUUUGAAAGUUUUCUCUGCUCUUCGAGCCUCGUCUUUCUGAGUUUUCUGCGUGAUUUCAAAGUCACCUCCGAACGCAAUCCAACAGGCCCAGGUCAUCCUCUGUGCCAGAGUUUUUGAGUGAGACUAAAGAAGUACCCAAACGAGCAUCCACAGGAUCCACAGGCGCUGGUUUUUGCUUCGGGCCUGAGUGCUGCAACUCCUGGCUCAUCCUUCGGCUGACUUCAGUCGUCUUCUGAGCUGAACCGCUCGAACCGCCAGUAGCCCCGGACCUUCGGAACCUGCUCCAUCUUCUCCAAGGACCAGUCUCACUUAAGUAUGCAAACCUCCAGAGCUCUAAAGAGGGCUGGUGCUGUUUCCUGCGUUCAUAGCUCAGAUAUCCUCUUAUUCUGGCAAUCUUAGAUUCCUCCAAAUCCACAUCCGAGUUUAUCUCGACACUAAAGUUAGUGUAGGUUAAUAUGUUAGCGCAUAUUCACUCACUAUCAUUAACUUUAGUGCUCCUAGCCUGACUCAGAAUCUUUAUUUAUUCACUUAUUAUUAUUUUAUCCUCAUUAUCUUAUCAUCAUUUAUUGCAUGUGUGUUGUACCAUCAUUUAUCCUGUAAUAAACAGAUCAUUAUUUUUCUAAGUUCUUGACUGUUAGUGUUCUUCCAGAAGUGGAGUCCCUGAAAUUAGAAUUUCGACUUAAGAUAUGAGACUGAUUAAUUAAGACUGAUUAAUUAAGACUGAUUAAUUAAAACUGACUUGAUGUUUGAUUUCUGAAUUAAACUUUUGUUUUCUUUAUUUUCCCACCAUUAAGGGUGGGUGGUGCCCCUUUCAACGAGUGCAUAAAUGUCAUAAUUUGAGAUUAUUAAUCUUCAGACAUUUAUUAUAAAUUCCAAUCGCUGCAGUAUUAUUUUGGUGCGGCCUUGUGAGGCUCAUUUCAAAUCGCUACAUAUAUUUUGGUGCCCCGUGUGAGGCGUUUCAAACAAAACUUCUGGAUACUAACAGACAACCUAAAACUUAGCCUUCCAAAUUGAUGAGAGAAACUUAUUUCCAGGCUAUCCUAGACUUAAUCACAAUAAAUGCUAUGCUUGCUGAAGUUGCUUGACUAAGUUCUGAUGUUUUCCUGAUCUAUGCAUAAAACCUUUAUGCUCUGUGUUUCACACACUUUUGUACUACAUGCCUGUAGUCUGUGUUUGAGCUGGACAGCGUGAAAUGUUUUUCUGAGUAGCAGUGAGACUGCCUCUUCCGCUCUGUCUAGACUGUCCAAUAUUUAAGUGCACGAUUGUUGCGUCGCCGUACGCUUGUAUUUAAGGCCUUUGGCUGAACCCAGUGUUCGCGAUGCUCCGAGCUGUGGUUUCAAGCCCCUGAAGUCUCUGUAGUCUGCUACGAGGUUCUAGUAACUAUAUGGGAUUCAGAUUUCCUCCUUUCCCCUGACAGAUUAGCUACCUGUCACAGGAAACCACUGUAACAGUGGGAGGUUGUUGUUUGAUUGAAUUCAGACAAAAUUUGUGUUCACAAAUCGCCGCAUUUGUGAUUUUUAAGUUUGCAGUUGAAUCUGCUGUUGAGGGAUUUGUUACUUUGAUUCUUGUCUCUAUAGUCUGCUAUGAAGUUCUAGUAACUAUAUGGGAUUUAGAUUUCCUCCUUUCCCCUGACAGAUAAGCUACCUGUCACAGGAAACCACUGUAACAGUGGGAGGUUGUUGUUUGAAUGAAUUCAGAUAAAAUCCGUGAUCACGAAUCGCCGCAUUUGUGAUUUUAAAGUCUGCAGUUGAAUCUGCUGUUUAAGGAUUUGUCACUUCGAUUCUUGUUCCUGUAAAUGAUUCUAUUGAACCAAUCUGCCUGAGCAGAUGGUGUAAAGUUCUAUGUUUGAGGGUGCAGACGCAGCCUGCUGUGAAAGGUUAACCCUUUGUUGUCAGUGGAGAGACUGACCAUGUGGCCUUAAGCAGAUAAGGCCCUUCAAGGAGGCAGAGCCUAAAGGCCCCUUCCUGCACACUUCCCAACUCCUCACAGCCACAAGAGGCUAGUUGGAUGACUGUUUCCUCUUUUCUUCUUCUUUUCCACUAGUGUUGAGCUUGUGCAGUUCUCCCAACUCCAUACUGCCCCACAUGGUUGCUUUUGGUAUUGAGCUAACACUGCUAUUAUCUGCCUGCAGUAUCAGCCAGCUGUACUGCCUCUCUGUAGUCAGUGCGUAACACUCUACAGACAUAAUUCAAGUGAUUGACUUGGUUGAUGAAGUUUGAUGUGCUUAUUCUAAAUCAUUGAUCAUUGAUUUUUGAUUUUUAUCUUUGUUAUAAGAGCCUCCAUAAUGUAUUGAUAAAGUAACUCCUUGAAUCAAUCACCUGAUCUUGUUGUUACUUAUCACACCAUUGAGCAGUUUUACUGUUCCCUAUAAUACAUGAAUGUAUUAACCCUCCUCAUAAGAUUGAUUAAUUAAUUAAUGAACAAAUAAAUUAAUAUUUGAAAUUUCUUUUAACACUCCAGAUGGAUUUGGUAGUUGAAUCUUUGGAUUUAUUGCAAUUUGUGAAUUAACUUUAGAGUUAAUUCCUUAAAUUGACAAUUUCAUUGAUUUUUCAAAUUCAUCCAACUGCAUCAGGCAGUUUAUUUAAGCUUUGCUGAUCUCUGCAACACGGAGACAAAUUGAACCCUUUAUUCAAUGGUUCUGUAUCUGAUGUUAAAUUUAAUUUAACAUUAUUUCACCUUUUGUUUUCAAUUUUCAUUGAAAUGAAUUUAACUUUAUGUUAUUUUUCUCUCCAUUAGAGAUCUACUCAGAUAGGCUCUUCCUCUUUAUCAAGCACAGAUAAAUUAAGUCGAUUAACCCACUUAAUUUGAUAUUUUGCUUCUUCCUUUCAUUUUAAGCCAACUCAAACUCAUCAACCAACCACCUGCACCUCUUUACCAAAACCAAACAUGCCUAACACAAAAGAGUCCAGCCAGGGAGACCCCCUGAGGGACAUACACACAGUGUUGGCAAACUUGACUAGUCAGCUGAUACUUCAGUACAUGACUAAGAUUCAAAAGGCCAAACCCUCCAAUCCGGAGGAUGCAAUGGCUGACUUACUGGAAACAGCUUUAACCACGACACUUCGUGACAAAGAGCUCACUAGAUGCAUGUCUGUCGUGAUGUCUUCUCAGCUUGAGUAUAAAGACUACUUGCUGGAAUGCGCUUUAGCAAAGAUAAAGGCGCAAAAAGACGAAAACAGCGCUCUGAAAAAGACGCUAGAGGAGACUAAGAAGUCUCUAAGUGUUUUAGGAAAAACAUAGUGCCAGAUGUGAAGCGUCAAAGCUUCCCUCACUGAUAAGUCAUGAAGAAAAUCUUGAUCUUAAAGACAAGAUUGAAAGACUUAAUGAAACCCUUUACAAAAAGGAGAAAGAACUUGAUGACACGAAUAAGCAGCUUGCUAAGACCACAGAGGAUCUGAUACAGUCAGAAUCCCUACUAGAGCAAGCAACAGAAGAUGUAAAAACUUUGAAAGCACUGGUCAAAGUGCGUGCUGAAGCUCUUGAAGCUAAGGAGAAGCAAACUUCUACCUUACAGCACCAGCUCCAGAUAGCUCAAAGACAGUUAAUUCUUUGUCAAGAACGGCAAGAAAAGACAGACAAAGAACUUGAAGAUGCCCAAAGAGAGUUACAAUGCUCCCUCCAGUCAGGUCGAGCCCAAAGAGAACGCAUGGAGCAAACGUUUCUUGAAGAAAUGAUAGGUGAUCAGCCUCCUGAGAGAGCGCCAUCACUUCCUUCCAAACCAACUCUUAAGUAUCUCUCUCAGCAUCAUGACAGGACCCUGCUUGACCCUGAGAGGUCAUCCUUAAACCAAGAGUCCUACUCUCCUCCUCAUGAUGGUUUUUUACCAUUUCCCUCAGACAGGGAUCUUGACAAAAUUGCUCGCAUCAUAGCACGCUUUGAACCUGAGCACCAAGGUGCUACUGACACCUGCACCUACUUGAAAGACAUUGACUUUUACCUGCGGAAAUUUCCAGGUGCAACCGUUGAUGACAAAAUCUACCUUAUUAAGGCGACGUCAAGUCGAGAGGUUAGCAGUUUCCUAGAACGACAGCCUUAUCAUGUCAGAAAUAAUUAUGACUUGCUCUGCCAAGCAUUAAUUGAAGAGUUUUCUGACUAUUUGACCCAGACAGGCCUCUCUGCUGCUCUGUCUAUUAAACAAGGGAGAUCAGAACCUCCCCAACAUUAUUACAACCGCUUACGCGAAGCUUACUUUGGUUUCCGAAAUGAACCAGAAAUGGAGGAGGACUUGAACUUCAAAACGCUGUUCGUCCAGAACCUCCACCCUACCACCAGUCAUCACCUUGGCGUCUUAGCUUGUCCAAACACUUCGACUAGCCGACAGCUUCGUGAACUUGCUGUAAAAGGUUUUGCCAAACAACGACAAACUUUGGCUAAGAAAGCAGAGCCCGUUACUCUCUUGGCUAUGGAGACAAAAUCACUGCCCAUGGAGCUGAACGAAGCUUCAGACUGUGUAUUUUCAGGCUCCGAUAAGCCUCCAAAUGAGUGGUUAACCAGGCCUCCAAAACCUUUUCGACCUCAACAAACUCACAAAGGUCAAAGUUACACACCAAGGCCCAGGUCUGACUCAGACCAAUGCCGGGUAAACUUUGAGACCAACUGUUGUUAUUCAGACUCCCGUCACGGUGGGUUUUAUCCCAGACAAAGGAAAAACCAUCGACACCGCCAAAGGGGGGUGAAUGACUGGCAGAAUCAGAGUAAAUCACACUCUCAGAAACGACGAUCUUAUUAUCCACCUCAAUCGGUUUCAUCCACUUUGAAGGUGAAUAAACAUGACUACUCAGCUAACCACUGAGAUUAACACUGUGGAGUCAUGAAGGUGUGAGUCCUGCGAAAGCAGAAGUCACCUAGCCAAAGCUAAAUGACUCCAAUAAGAUAUCCAAAUGCUGUGGUGAUACAUUGAUGACUGCAAUACCAGUUGCUGCUUUCUUUGUUAGCAUUCGUCUCUCCUCUGUCAAUAUGGUCAGCUUGUCAGCUGUCAAAUAUCCCAUGAACAGAUUAAAAGCUGAAAUUUCUGUCAUUAAGACUCAGAUUGACAAAUUUCAGACUCAACAGCAGAUAAUUAGUCAAACCAAUAAGAGCAUCCUCCCCAAGUUUAACAGACAAAGUUUAAGAGAAACUCUGUGCAGUAAACUUUUGAUGUUUGUGAUUCAGGUUGACUAUGCUCAUACACAGAUGGUUAAUAUGUCUAUAGCAGACAUUUCUUUUCCACCUAAGUCUUAACCAUUUUUGAAACUGAAAUGGAACUUUCAGACUUCUCCAGCAAGCAUGAAAAACAGCUAUAGCUUUAGAUCCAGUUAGCAUUCACGCUAAAUCGUGUUUUUCUAAAUCUCAUUAAUAUUGAAAAUUAGGAGAUUUUCUUUCACAUUAGUCUACCAAUAGUUUACUGAGAAAACUCUAACAACUAGACGAUUUUAUUUGAUAGCUUAAUGCAUGCUUAAUUUUAUCUCAAAGCAGUACUAGUGAUUCACAUACUGAUGAUGAGACGCAUCAGUCCUAUUUGCAUACACCUGCUGCUGCUUCAUGGUUGUCUACUCGUCGUCCCGAUGCUCCAUGGACAGGACCACCGUGACGAAGGGGGGACUGUAGCAAUCAAGACAACCCUGGAUGUGAAACCCACACAUUCCUUACAGGAAAGUUUCCUUAUCUGGUCCCAGGAAACAGGAUAUAAAUCUUUCCAGACGUGUUUGCACUUUCAGGUUAAAUAAGUGACCCAACCGGAGGUUGACUAAACCUCUGACUCUUCAGGAUUGGUCAGUUCGGCGAACAGAGACAGAGUUUUUAUUACCUUUCAAACUGACUCCAUUACUGACCAUCUAAAUAAACAUUAACGUCUCAACCCAGAUCUCCCAUUUGAGAUUUAGCGUCUUAAAGUGUGUGAACAUACGGACUCCAGGAUAAGGGGGACACUGACCUCCAGACCUCGGUCGUAAAACCCUGCUCGACCAUACACUGAUAAAGACUGCAUUCCUUUGGUGAAAGAAUACAAAUGACUGAUCAUGACAUCUUACGCAUUCAGCAAUGUACUAAUCUGUCUAAUCAUGAAAUUUGUGUUAAAAUGAGAUGUUUCCCGUUUUUCUGUGCUUCAGAAGCCAAGUUAUCUUAUCUGACAGAAUAAAUCCUUAUUCUUUAGUUCUUUAGACCAACAGCUUUUCAGACUGUUUCAUGAACUUUUAAGAGUUAAAUUUAUUGACUAUGAAUCCUAAGUUUACUCUAAGUAACAGAAAUAGUUUAGAAAUGUUUGGUUUAUAUUUUAGUUAUUUAUUUAGUAUCUUAACCAUUAGGUGGUUAUAAUGUCACUGAAUAAUCUGAAUGUGAGUAUUUAGAAUCCAUUAUUAAUCAUGAUGACGUUCAUUCACAUGUGUUUACUCUUUUGUUGUUCACAGUUUCCAUGUGUUACUAUCUGUUUCAUUUCAGAGUAAUUUAGCAUGUUCAAUGUGAUACUUAAAACAUAAUGAGAAUGUUUGAUGUGAUCCUACACUUCAUUCAUAUGUGUUUAGUAUCAAAUUAUUUAUCAUGAAACCAAGCAUUCAAUGAUAUUAAUCAUAGUGAGUGAGUAUCAGAUCUGACUCUUUUACCAGCCAAAAGAAUAAGUUAGAUCAAAUAAUCAGAGACCCGAUGACCCCUCCUCUUUCUCCUCAGACACUCCCAGUGUGAGAAGAUAAAACCAGUGGAGUGGGGUUGCUCGCUCUCUUAUCUCUCUUAUGCUUCUGCUCUUCUGCUGACUCUCUUGUCCCCGGCUCUUAUGCCCCUUCUCUUCUGUCCACACCCUUCUGUGGUGCGUUUCUUUGUUUUCUCUUAGAACUUUUUCUUAGUCUUCUAAGUUUUACGCCACGUGUUGAUUCACGUUGAUUUUUCUUUAACAUCGUCUUAGUUCAAGUUUUGAAACUUCAACUUUUUGUGCACAUAGCAAUUCAAGAUUAAGCCUUUGAUUGAUUUUCUUUAAUUUCGCGAAGCCAUUUUUGAAAGUUUUCUCUGCUCUUCGAGCCUCGUCUUUCUGAGUUUUCUGCGUGAUUUCAAAGUCACCUCCGAACGCAAUCCAACAGGCCCAGGUCAUCCUCUGUGCCAGAGUUUUUGAGUGAGACUAAAGAAGUACCCAAACGAGCAUCCACAGGAUCCACAGGCGCUGGUUUUUGCUUCGGGCCUGAGUGCUGCAACUCCUGGCUCAUCCUUCGGCUGACUUCAGUCGUCUUCUGAGCUGAACCGCUCGAACCGCCAGUAGCCCCGGACCUUCGGAACCUGCUCCAUCUUCUCCAAGGACCAGUCUCACUUAAGUAUGCAAACCUCCAGAGCUCUAAAGAGGGCUGGUGCUGUUUCCUGCGUUCAUAGCUCAGAUAUCCUCUUAUUCUGGCAAUCUUAGAUUCCUCCAAAUCCACAUCCGAGUUUAUCUCGACACUAAAGUUAGUGUAGGUUAAUAUGUUAGCGCAUAUUCACUCACUAUCAUUAACUUUAGUGCUCCUAGCCUGACUCAGAAUCUUUAUUUAUUCACUUAUUAUUAUUUUAUCCUCAUUAUCUUAUCAUCAUUUAUUGCAUGUGUGUUGUACCAUCAUUUAUCCUGUAAUAAACAGAUCAUUAUUUUUCUAAGUUCUUGACUGUUAGUGUUCUUCCAGAAGUGGAGUCCCUGAAAUUAGAAUUUCGACUUAAGAUAUGAGACUGAUUAAUUAAGACUGAUUAAUUAAGACUGAUUAAUUAAAACUGACUUGAUGUUUGAUUUCUGAAUUAAACUUUUGUUUUCUUUAUUUUCCCACCAUUAAGGGUGGGUGGUGCCCCUUUCAACGAGUGCAUAAAUGUCAUAAUUUGAGAUUAUUAAUCUUCAGACAUUUAUUAUAAAUUCCAAUCGCUGCAGUAUUAUUUUGGUGCGGCCUUGUGAGGCUCAUUUCAAAUCGCUACACUUCUUUAACUCUUCUUUAACUCUUACUGAACUCUGACCUCCUUCUGUUUCCUCCGUUGACCAGUCGGCUCCAGUUUCACUCAGUCAGAGCGAACGUUUAAAGCUCCGUUCGGCCUGCUGAUUGGUUGAAAUUACUUGGACCAUAAACGAGCUGGGGGUGUCUGCAGAGACAGAGACAGACUCCGGAGCUCUGAGCUGAACUAAAGUCCAGGAGAAGGUUUCAGGAGCUCUUGGUGUGAAACUUACAGACAGUUGUGUAAAGAAACAUCUGGAGUUCACUGCUGUUGUAUUUUCACAUGUUCACACUUCCUCACGUUGUUUUGUGUGGGUGUCCCUGCAGAUGGCGGCCCCGUGAACAGGAGCGAGGACGGCCGUGCGUGUUACCCCAACCUGCCUGUCUGCCUGCCGUGCUGGCCGGGCUGCAGGAGCUGUCAGGACGGCUCCCCCUGCUGGGUUCAGGAGGCCUGGCUCCUCAGGGCCGCCGUGCUGGCCGUCCAGGGGGUCUUCAUGCUCCUCAUCUUUGUCAGCAUGCUGGUGGCCUACAGACAUCGGAGGAACAGGGUGAGUCAGGCUCUUCUGGCUUAUCGGGGCUUCUGUACAGAUGGGCUGUGAUGGAGCGAUGAUGAUUAUGAGAGCUGUUCCAGGCAGUGAGCCAUGGCACUCUGCUAAAUUAUAUUAAUCACAGAUUUCAGCAGGUGGAGCGGGAUUUUAGAUUCAUGCCACAAAAACCUCAAACUGAAGGUGAAUUUUUCCACAAACGGCUCAAGUCUGGAGAAGUCAGCGUUCAUCGUCAGGACGUCUUCACCUGGUUUACUGGAUACAGUGAUGAACUGGGAUCACAGUCACAGGAACUUUGUUCAUGAGGAGCACAAAGAACUUUAGGGGAUCAAUGAAAACUGAUCAAUAAUGUUUGUCUUAUUGAUCAACCUUAGUACUAUUAUUUGAAAUCAAUUUUAGGUCUUUUGGUCACAUGACAGUGAAGCUAUUGAAGGAAAACAGCCUUUUCUGAGAACAUCAACCGGUAAUUUAUUGACGGUCCCUUAUUCAACACCGACGUUGACAGUGAGGGUGUCGAGUAGAUUUAACCGCGCUGCUGUUGUUAUUCCCGGUUAUGGAGAGUGAGAAGACACCGGUAGAUCCUCAGAGAAUGUCCGUCAGAUAUCCAACCUGAAACUAACUUCACCGCCGUAUUUACAGGAAAAUAUAUCCAACCUGAAACUAACUUCACCGCAGUAUUUACAGGAAAAUAUAUCCAACCUGAAACUAACUUCACCGCUGUAUUUACAGGAAAAUAUAUCCAACCUAAAACUAACUUCACCGCCGUAUUUACAGGAAAAUAUAUCCAACCUGAAACUAACUUCACCGCCGUAUUUACAGGAAAAUAUAUCCAACCUAAAACUAACUUCACCGCAGUAUUUACAGGAAAAUAUAUCCAACCUAAAACUAACUUCACCGCCGUAUUUACAGGAAAAUAUAUCCAACCUGAAACUAACUUCACCGCAGUAUUUACAGGAAAAUAUAUCCAACCUGAAACUAACUUCACCGCUGUAUUUACAGGAAAAUAUAUCCAACCUAAAACUAACUUCACCGCCGUAUUUACAGGAAAAUAUAUCCAACCUGAAACUAACUUCACCGCUGUAUUUACAGGGAAAAAAAACAUUUGUUGUUUUUUUUAUUCGCACGUGACCCUAAAUAACUAUUUUUAGUCGCAGAUGUGAGUGAGACUGUCUCACUGUGGAGUCCUGUGAAGUGAUGCAGCAUCUAUGAUUUCUAGUUCUUCGUUGAAAGGAGACGUUUCUCCUUAGGUAAACCAUCUCUAGUAGGUCCAGUUGUCCUUCCAUGCGGUGAUUCCCACUCCAGAGUCCUGUCUGUUUUUAAAGCCCUGAAGAUCAGGACCAUCCAGUCCUGGUUUUGGUCCUGGUCCCCCUUUAGUACAGAGAUUUCUCCAGAUCCUCUCUGAAUGAUCUGAUCUUCUGUAGACGAUGAAAUCAGGAACUUUAUUCUGAAGCUCUUGAACUGUUCGCUCUCGCGGUCUCUCACAGAGUCCUGAACCUCUGAGAGACUCCGCCUCUCUGAAUGUUGGUCUUAGACCCGGUCUGGUGGACCUCUUUGGGUUCAUGUUCUUCAGAGUUUAGUCGUUCCUGUCUCUUUAAAACCGUCUUUGUCGUCACAGUUUUCAUUUAAAGGGCCACAGUCUGUUUUUAUCAACACGUCACCAAAGGGAUGUUUCUCAACGCUCAUGUGGGGAACUGUUGGUUUUUGUCAGUUUUGGCGCCCCCUGUGGACAAACAGUACCCCUAUCUUUCUUUCGUCCUUUUGUCUUUUCUGACCAAAACCUCAUCCUGCUGGUUCCAUUAGAAAAACGACUAAAACCGUUUCAGCCUGAUGGUUGUAUUUGCUCUGAAGGUCCUAAACAGGCAGCAGGAUCAGCCUGUUUCUACACUGGCUGAAAACUCCUUACUGAACCUUUAAGCAUCUCAGAACCUUAGCAUGUCGCUGUGUCACUUUGAGGUCUGGUACCAAACUAGGAGAAGUCACAGAGGAGGUUUAUUUUCUGACAUAUCCUCCUCCUCCUCCUCCUCCUCCUCAUGGUGUCCCUCUCUGCCUCCUCAGAGGAUCCGAGCGUCCGGCCUCCUGCUGCUGGAGACCAUCCUGUUCGGCUCUCUGCUCCUCUACUUCCCGGUGAGUCCCUCAGAUUAAACCCUUUACAGAUCACUGCGCAGCACAGCGUCCCGGAUUAGACCAUCAUCGACCAUUUGUGGGAGGGUGAACGGGUUUAGUGUGUGUGUAAGUGAACACAGGGUGGGGGCGGGGUCAGCAGUUUUCAUAACGAUUAUUGAUCGAUCUCUAGAUUCAUUUUCUCCAUUAAAGAGCUGUUAAUGUAAGUGAGCCGUGACUUUUGAUCCAUCGGUGAGAGAACGCCGCUCUAAGCCCGCCCCUCUGCUGUUACCCAGAGGAUCCUGGACUGCAGGUCGCUCCUUAUUGAUUGAGCUUAAAUCUGAUGUGUCAACAUGUUCAUGGGCUGUUGCCUUGGCAACUUAGAGGAAAUACACUGUAUGGAGGAUAAUAAACGUUACACUAAAUUUAAAUUGUACAGCUAUUUUUAAGCAACAUAUAACAAUAAUAUUAAUAAUAAUAAUAAUAAAAGUAAUAAUAAUAAUAAUAAUAAUAAAAGUAAUAAUAAUAAUAAUAAUAAUAAUAAUAAUAAUAAUAAUAAUAAUAAUAAUAAUAAUAAUAAUAAUAAUAAUAAUAAUAAUAAAAGUAAUAAUAAUAAUAAUAAAAAUAAUAAUAAUAAUAAUAAUAAUAAUAAUAAUAAUAAUAAUAAUAAAAGUAAUAAUAAUAAUAAUAAUAAUAAUAAUAAUAAUAAUAAUAAUAAUAGUAAUAAUAAUAAUAAUAAUAAUAAAAGUAAUAAUAAUGGUAAUAAUAAUAAUAAUAAUAAUAAUAAUAAUAAUAAUAAUAAUAAAAAAGUAAUAAUAAUAAUAAUCAUAAUCAUAAUAAUUUUCCUGUUCAGUUCGACAAUUUUAAAGGAAAGUUAAUUGGUCAUUAGUGAGUCUACAUCAGUGAGCUAUGAAGCGUUUACUGGACCGGGGUUUGAGUCAGGACAGUCCUGGAGACCGAUCCUGCUGUUUGAGGUUUUCUUUUUGGUCGAUGUUCAAAGGUAAACGGCGGCCCACUUACCUGACUGUGGUUUUAAAGGUCCUUGUUGAAAGGUCAGAGGUCACUCUCUCAUCUCAGUGUGUUGGAGUGUUUGUUUAAUCUACAAACAGAGCACAUGAUGGAGGUGGAUUCAGUGUGACCACUGUGGUACGGUCACAAAAUCAUGAGGAAGAACAAAAGUCAAAACAAACACUUUAAAGACAGCGGUGCAUCUAAACCCAUAGACUGUGUAUAUGAUGGACUACGUGGCUCCGCCCCCGUUAUUGCGUUGAAGAUAAAUUGCUCUCUGUAUUCGAACCUUUCCACUGAUGCUGCUUUUACUCGCCCUCUGACUCUGAACGCUACAUUUAAUAACAUAUCCCAUCAGCAUUAAUAGACAUGAGUUCCUGUUUCUACAGCAUGACCUUUGACCUAGAUGAUACUGUACAUCCUCACAGUCUGUUACGGCGAACAACAGGUUGUGUUUUAGUGUCUGCUCGGUGUGUUACAGCAGAGCGGAUGAAUGUAAUCCAGGAAUUAAAGCUCGUCCCGCAGUGACAGUCGCUCUCCGUCACUCUGGAUAAGAGCAUCAGCUAAAGCCUAAAAUGUGAAUGUAAAUUUACGCCGUUGUGUUGAAACCACUCAUGGAGGAUAAAGACCGAGCGAGAGCGUAAAGAACCAGAGAGCAGGUGCUGCAGACGUUCAGAGGAGGCAGAGAUGAUCUGCAGCACAAACAUAAUCACAGAUAAAACUAACGAGGCGUACCUGUAUUUACUCACCUGUUCCUCACUGACUGUCCUGCACUUUAUUUACCUGAAACACACAAAACAAGACGAACAACUUUCAGUUCUACUUUGGAUUUAUUCUUUUUCAAAUAUCAACGUUCAGUUCUGUGUCUGCUGUCUGUUAAUGACACUGAAAACACCCUCAAACAGACGUAUUGAUCAGCUGUUAUUGUACAAACAUCAUCAUCAAAAUGAUAAUCAAUAUCAGGCUCCACCCCCCCAAACUCUCUCCAACUCCGUUAAAUAAAGAAGAAAAAUGAAAAGCGUUCGACUCACAGGUGACGUCCCUCUGCCUCUGCAGGUGUUCAUCAUGUACUUCAAGCCGAGUACCUUCAGGUGUAUUCUGCUCCGGUGGGUCCGGAUGCUCGGCUUCUCCAUCGUCUACGGCACAGUCACCCUGAAAAUGUACAGGUGGGUGUUGCUUUAGUUGCCUCCUAACGUUUGCUCUCUCACCUCGACACAAACGUGUGUGUGUCUUAAACUGACAGGACCUGAGGGCAGAAGCUGGGCCUCUGUUUUAGAGAUCUCCACAUGAACCAAAGUCUGAAGAUGAGGAGUACGUUGAAGAUGAUUUCAGGGUUGUCUAAGCUCAGUCUUUCUCUCAUCCUCUCCAGAUUAAACUGAGUUUAGACAGGCGGAAUAAACUGUGGAAAAAGGGAAACUUUGUGUUCCCUUCAGAUGAUGAUGAUAAAAACUCUCUUCAUGGUCCACAAACCUCCACAGUUGGUUUUAAGCGGAUCCGUUCUUGGCUCUUUUUCAGGGUUUUGAAGGUGUUCCUCUCACGUACUGCCCAGAGAGUUCCUUACAUGUCCAGCCUCCACCUGCUAAGGAUUCUGGGAGUGAUGCUGAUGACCGUCAGCUGGUUCCUGUGUGCGUGGACAGUGGGUGUCCUCCAGAACCGGGACAGGAACAUCCCAGUGUUCAUCACAACCAGCACAUCAGAUGGUCAGGGGUUCAACCUGUGUUUCCUGGACCGCUGGGACUACAUGAUGGCCGUGGGUGAGUGGAGGCAGCAGUCAAUGUCGUCUCACGAUGGUACUGAGACUAAAUGUGACAAAAGAAAGGUACAAUAGAGCAAGGAGCCGAGAGGAGGGACCAACAUGAGGGUCUCAUAAAUGUCACUGUGAGGUCUUCAAUGUGCUGAAAUCUAAAAUGAAUUUAACUCCACACCAACAUUUCCUCCCUCAGCGGAGCUUCUGUUCCUGUGCUGGGGCAGCUCUCUAUGGACCGCCGUCAGGCCCGUUCCCUCUGCCUUCCACGAGCCUCGCUACAUGGGCAUCGCCAUCCACAACGAGCUGCUUCUGUCCACCAUGUUUCAUCUGUUCAGGUACACAGCAGCAGGUCUAAUGAGGGACUGCAGCAGUUCAUGCCUCUACUCCGCAGCAGAAAGACCCACUUGUCCGUGUUUUCUGUCCCUAUAAGGUUCACCUUCCCUUCUCUCCAUCCUGACUGGAUGUUGCUGCUCUCCUUCACGCACACCCAUGUGACCAUCACUGUGACACUUGCCCUGCUCUUCAUUCCCAAGGUACUCAGCAUCUACAGGUCAUGACACAAGUAUCUAAUAAAGAGUUUGAUGCACGAUCCGUCCGUUUGAUAGUGAAUGUAGGAUAUGUAUCAUCUAAGCACUCAACAUACAAAUGGUAGUUCCUUGUUUUCUGCAGUUUCUGUUCGCGUCGAGAUCUGGGAAAGAGGAGAUCGCGGCAGAGGUGUAUGAAGAUGAAGUGGACUUGAGACGAUCUGGCUCUUACCUAAACAGCAGUUUUCACUCUGCUUGGAGUGAGCCCAGUGUGGAUCCAGAUGACUUUCGGGUAAACGCUCUUGCCCCCUCAGAACGAUGCUAUCACUUUGCACUGGGUCAUAAUUGUGAAAAGGCAGACAAGAACCCAAAGGUCACAUUUAAACUAGAAAUAUAAAUGUCUUUUAAUUCAACUGAUAAACGCAUGAACUCAGAUAGAUCUUAAAUGCUUUAUAAUUUGAAUUAUAAACUGACAUGAAAUACAGUUAAAAGGAAAGUGAUCAUGUUCUUUAUAUCUCUUCUCCAUCCUUUAUCCUUAUCUUCUCCUCAACUGUGGUCUUGACUGAACAUGUUUUACCUUUCCUCUGACUUUUGUCCUUCUCCAUAUCCUUCUUUUCUUGUCGACCAUUUCCUCCACCCUUCAUCGAUCCCUUCUAUAUAUGCACUAGGAUGAGCUGAAGAAACUUUAUGCCCAGUUAGAAGUCCACAAGACCAAGAAGAUGGCAGCAAACAACCCUCACCUGUCAAAGAAGCGAAGUUCUCGAUGUGCGUUGGGGAGAUCGAUUAUUAGACGUAUAGUCGAGAUCCCAGAAACCGUGAGCCGACAGUGUAGUCGUGAAGAAAGAGAUGGAUCCUUCCACAGCAGAAGGUUAAACGAGUCCGACUCUUUCAGGACUGCCCCGGAUACUGCCAGUAUCAGUUACAGAAGUUCAAUCAAAUCCCCAUCUCCACCCUUACGUAAGUCCCAAAGUGAUUAUCACUAUGUCCGAGAAAGAAACGCUUCCCUGAGAGACUCCCUGUUAAAUGCCAAUUCAGGAAAGAGAUUCUCACAGCGCUCUGAGACGGACUCUUUAGAUAUUCCACCUGGGGUCUGUAAGUCAGCCAGUGCCCAAAAUCUGACCAUUGAUACCAAUCUGCUGCAUCCUGAUCACACCAGGCUUCACAAGUCCUGGAGUCUCACCUCCACUGCCCCCCACUCCAUAGAGAGCAUGUCCUUGGUGAACAGAUCCAACACAGUGCUGGCUCCAUCCAGGCAGAGCAUACCCAUCAGUGACCAGACAAGGAGCGCACUCCAGUCAGAGUCUUUUGACAAAGCUGAGGUCUGUCCAUGGGAGGUGGAACAAGAACAGACAAGUGACAAAAACCAGAAGCAUGUCACCUAUGCCAACUCUCAGGACAGUUCGGAAAAAGGACCAGCAUCUCCAGAAGUACUAAUCUGUCCCUGGGACCAUUUACCUCCUCCGGAACAGAGCCCUCCAGAGGAGAAAGCAUUACAAAGUGAAACCAUUCCCGCCAAACAACAACUAACCGUGUCUGCAAGUGAACCAGGCUCACCGAGGCCAAAGGUGACAAAAGAACAACGUGUGUUCUCCUUUCGUACCCCCACCAGUAAGUGGCUCUCUGUGAAAUCUAUCAUGGGAUCUAUGGAUGCGGGGAACAAGUCUGGAAAGGAUGGAGGUUCAAACAAAGAGGAUUCUGUGUCACAGAAAAGCCAGGAAAGUGCUUCAACUACGCCAAGAUCUAGUGCAUCCAGUAGACGUCCAAGCACAGAGAAGAAGACGCUGCAGAAAAGAAGUCUGACAACAGCAGAUGGAAAACCAUGUCUCGUGAAACAAAACGCCAUCAGACUCUCAUCUGGGGAUUCCUCCGACAGAAGCCCGAGAAGGCUUGUGAUUGUCAAAUCUGCGGUCUACCCAUGGGAUCUGGAUGAUAUGCAGAAAGAUGGCAAUUAUGAAAAUGUGUUUUUAUCACGGCAGAACAGUAAGCGAAGUGUGAGUUCUUGGGAAACCAGCAGCAGCUGCAGAACUCCUUCAACUCACAGAAGAGGUAGUAAUCGAAUCACACCGGUUCGCAAUGUUUCCCACGUAGAUGUGUGUCCAUGGGAGGCAGCUGGUACUUUCCAGGAAGGAGAGGGACAAAGGAAGCAGCAGAGUAUCAAAGCAGAUGUCUGUCCUUGGGAAUCACAGGUAUCUGAACAAUCUAAUGUAUGUCCAUGGGAAUCUCAAGAACACGAGAUUGUAAGGAGACAAGGAAGUGGACGUGGGGACGUGUGUCCCUGGGAAUCGCAGGAUAUUCCUGUAAUUUACCAAACUAAUGUGCCCAAAGAUUCUGUCAAAGGUUCAGAUAUCUGUCCCUGGGACACAGCAGAGACUCCCCAACCUUCAAAAUUGGAGGAUAAUGAAUAUGCUAACAUCUGUCCGUGGGAUGUUCAGGACAAGGCUGAGGCUGUGUAUGAAAAUCUCAAUCCUUUGGUGAACACGGGAUCAUUGACAGUACCUCUGCAACAAGGAGCUAUGACACCUGCCAUCCAUCCCGGUGCAUCGAAAGAAGUUUUGAGUAACGAGCAACAAUACCACGCAAAAUCAACUGCACAGCAUUUGGGCAGACAAGCAACCAAGACAGCAGAAAGUUGUCCUUGGGAAUUCCCAGCCCCCCCUGAAAUUACAGAGACCAUUUGUCCAUGGGAAGAGGGAAGCACAGGGCCAACAAAUACAGACUCAAAUUUGUCAACAACCGUCCAAGUAGAUGUUUGUCCAUGGGAGUCUGGACAAAGAGAUGAACCAUUAGACUCAAAAACAGGUGUCUCAGCUUUGGAAGCUACUCCCAUACAGACUGAAGGGGAAUGCAGCUCAAGACUGAACAUUUGUCCCUGGGAAACUGACGCCCCUGAAAAAACAGUAGAAACAAAAAUUAUGAUGCAAGGACAAAAAAGACCGGAAGAUGUGAGUCCAGAAUCAGGAAUACAACCAACCCAAAAAACAACUGAGUAUCGAGUAAGGCAAGACACUGUCUGUGCAGAUGUCUGUCCUUGGGAUACCGAGGAAACAGGGGCUGUCAAAAGCCAAGUACUGUCCUCAUCAGAGAAACUGCAGAGACAGAAAAACUCCAAAGAAGAUGUUUGUCCUUGGGAAACAGAGGCACCGAAAGACUUAAAAAGGCAAGACAGCUCUCGGGUAGAAGUCUGCCCUUGGGAGACAGAAGACACUAAAGUUGGUAAAAAGCAAGAAAGUCUCAAAGAGGAAGUUUGUCCAUGGGACAGUGAUGCACCAAAAGUGUUGAAAAAGCAAGAAAGUUCCCGGACAGAUGUUUGUCCGUGGGAGACAGAUGACCCAAACAUUCUCAAAAAGCAGGAUAGUUCUCGAGAAGAGGUUUGUCCAUGGGAGACAGAUGAUUCAAAAGUUCUCAAAAAGCAAGACAGUGCUCGCGCCAGUGUUUGUCCAUGGGAGACAGAGCAGCCUGAAGUUCUCAAGAGGCAAGACAGCUCUCGGACAGAUGUGUGUCCAUGGGAGACUGAAGAGCCAAAAGAUCUAAAAAAGCAAGACAGCACAAGAGCAGAUGUUUGUCCAUGGGAUACUGAGGAACCAGAACCUGUGAAAAAGUCAGACAGCUCAGGAGCAGAGGGAUGUCCCUGGGAAUCUGAAGAUCAAGACAUUCCAACCAAAAGCAAUGAUGAUAAUCCCACCGGUGACAAGGACCACCCUCCAGAAAACCAGGCCACGCUCUGUGUUGAAGAGAGUCCAGUAGAGACCAGCAAAGAGCAGACAGAUGGAUCUAAAGAAGGCUUAGCCCUGGGCAGACGUGAUGCCCUGUGUCCCUGGGAGGUGGCAAGAAGCCCCUCUGGUUCAUUCACAGACAAUACUUCAGAUGUUUUCACAUGGGAGCCUGAAAAUAUUCCAGAGGAAGAUGAAGAGGACGAUGCAGAAUGUGCUGCUGAGGCUCUUGUGUUCCCGCCUGACCUGUGAUCUAAAUCUAGCCUUGAGCUCUCCUACAAAAUCAAGUGGGAAUUUGAUGUUCUUAAACUACCUUGAGCUGCCCCAUUACUGGACAAGGGGCAUUUCACUUUAAAUUUCUAUGUGUAGGAAGGUAGGAGUGCAGAGUCAGCUCCCAUGAUGCUGAAAGACACCAAAAGCCGUUUCAGAGCGGGGGGGUUUGAUGACAUGGAUACGACACAUUUAGCAGAACUGGUAAAAGACCGUCUUUCUUUUUGCAUUGAGAGGGACACAGUUGUCAUGUUAUCAACUACAAACCGAUCUGUCGGCUGAUGAAGGACAUCUAAGACAUUUAGGCGGAGCUCCUUUUCUUCCUGCAGCCAUUACCUUAUAAAUGUUUUUCUGUCUUUUUAUAUUUUAAGGUGAUAAUUCACUAAUUUGCCCUUUGGAUAGAGUAUGUCUGACCCGUGGCUGAGGUAAAGGUGUUGUAACACCUGGACUUUAUAUGUUUCAGUGCUAAAUCAGCAUUUAUCAGAUAUCAAACUGUGAUCUUAUGCUGGUUUGAUAUUUUAAAACACAAAAGCGUUACGCAGAGCUGCCAGGACAACACUAGAUGUCAGAUUUCAUUACUUUGAAGUAUCAAUGAUUGAUUAAUCUAUGCAUACCUGUUUACUGAAGUGACUUCCUGACUGAGAGCCAGCGAUCAAUAUCCAUAUUUGAUCUAAUAACAUUCCAAAACAUCCAGUAAGAACGCCAAACGCUUCAAAAAUCACUUGAACUCAGAUUUUGAGAUCGACAGUGGAGUCACAUCUGUGAGAGCCGUCUAUCUCCAAGAGUUCAGAGUGUUGUAGAUUCUCUGUGUGUGCCGAGGUCAGGCAUCGUAACAAGCAUUAAAAACAUUUUAAAUAUUUAUUCAUUCUAAAAAACAAACUCACCUUUCCUGACUCAGAAAUUUACUACUUUUAAAUGUGUCAAAUGAUGUGAUUUGUGGUGGUGAGGCUCACGUUUGAGUUAAAAAGUUGUUUAAUUAGUUAGUUAUAAAAGUUUAGGAUGAACGUUUUUGAGGGCUCAUUUGUGCAGACAGUAAUAAAGAUGGAACAGAGUCAAAUCUCCUAAAAUAACAGACAGGAUGGUAUCGGUCUGUAUGACUCACAUUGCGGCCAUUUUCCUCUGAUGUCAGACUCGGUGGGAGGCUGAUGCAGUAAUGAGGUCCUGCUGUUUCCAUUCUGUUGGUGGGACUGAAAAAAGAAAAUCUGAUAUUUUUUACUGUUUCAAUAAUUCUGGAUUAACAAGUAAAGACCAGUCAUAGUGGGAAAUUAUCCUCGCCGCCGCCGCCGUCAUCGUUUUCUUUGUGGGGGCAGCAGCUUCAGGAGGGAAGCCCAGACGGCCCUCAUCCCGGCCACUCCCACCAGCUCCUCCUCCGGGGGGAUUCCCAGGCGCUCCCAGACCAGGCGAGAGAUAUAAUCCCUCCACCUGGUCCUGGUCCCUGAGGAGGAAACCCAUUUCAGCCGCUUGUAUCUGCGAUCUUGUUCUUUCGGUCAUUACCCAAAGUUCAUGACCAUAGGUGAGGAUCGGCACGUAGAUCGACCGGUAAAUCCAGAGUCUCUCCUUACGGCUCAGCUCUUUCUUCACCACCACUGAUCGGUUAAGCGUCCGCAUCACUGCUGACGGAGAAAGGUAGAUCACCUUCUCCAGGUCGGAGGGGAGGUCCUGACUCAAGUGAAGGAGUUCAA